UCCUUCUUCUAAGAAGUAAGAAGUGCAGGGGAGCCGUCGUCCUGAAUUAAUCUCUCCCACCGCAGCCGCAGCCGCAGCAGGGAUCCCGAGGCCAACAAGAAUGGCGCAACCUCCCGCCGCCGACCCCGACCCGAUCGUCGACCGCCACGUCUGGCUCGCCUGCGCCGUCCCACUCUCCCGCCUCCCCGCCGUCGGCUCCCAGGUCUACUACUUCCCCCACGGCCACGCCGAGCAGUGCCCCGCGCAUCUUCCGGACCCGCUCCCCGGACCCCACCUCUUCCCCUGCACCGUCACCGCCAUCCGCUUCGGCGCCGACGUCAAGACCAACGAGGUCUUCGCCGCCAUCUCCCUCCAGCCGGGCCCCCACCGCGGCACCCCCGCUCCGCCUUCCGACCCCGACCUCGACCCUCAGCCGCAGCAGCAGCAGCAGCGGCCAUUCGGCUACUUCGCCAAGCAGCUCACCCAGAGCGACGCCAACAACGGCGGCGGCUUCUCCGUGCCGCGCUACUGCGCCGACCACAUCUUCCCCGUGCUCGACUUCGAGGCCGACCCACCCGUGCAGAACCUCCUCAUGCGGGACCCCAAGGGCAAGACGUGGCAGUUCCGCCACAUCUACCGCGGCACGCCGCGCCGCCACCUUCUCACCACCGGAUGGAGCAAGUUCGUCAACGCCAAGCUGCUCGUCGCGGGCGACACCGUCGUCUUCAUGCGCCGCCCCAACGGAGACCUCGUCAUCGGCCUGCGCCGCGUGCCCAGGUACCCCGUUGCCUCAGCGGCCCAGGCCCAAGCGCCGCCGCCGCGCAACGCGCGCGCGCGGGUGCCGCCCGAGGAUGUCGUGGAGGCGGCGCGCCUCGCCGCGGAGGGGAGCCCGUUCACGGUCGCCUACUACCCGCGGCAGGGCGCGGGGGAGUUCGUCGUGCCGCGCAAGGAGGUGGAGGACGCGCUGGCCACCCGCUGGGAGCCCGGGAUGCAGGUGCGCAUGCAGGUCAUGGAGGCCGAGGACGCGCGCCGCACCGACUGGGCCAACGGCACCGUCAAGGCCCUCCACCCAUCCAUCUGGCGCGCGCUUGAGAUCGAGUGGGAUGACCCCACACCGUCUUCAUCAACAAAGAGUAGAUACGUAAACGUUUGGCAAGUCCAAUUAGUUGGUUACCCUCCUCUUAUGAAGAGACUCAGGUUUUCUGACACAAUUGGAGAUGACCCCAUGGCUGCUCCACUGAUCGGACCGGAAAGCCAGGAGAUGGCGAUACUACUGGGCGCACCAAUUCCUGCUAGCAUGCAGGGAGCCAGGCACAGCGGCCCUACUGAUGUACCCUCUUCAUCCUCUGCAAUGAUCACAACUCAGCAACUAUUCCCCAUGGAUCCUCAGAUGCCACCGAGUCUAAGCGGUGGCUCCUCUGAGAUUUUGGAUCCUGAAAUUGGCUCUCCUCCCAACAACUCAGUAAACAUGCAUCCAUCUAACCUUCCUGUGGAAGCCAAGAGCAUACAACUUUUUGGCACCACGAUCACACCCCAUGUUGAGCAAAGUGCUACCGAUGGUGCUUCUGAAGAAGUGAAUGAAGUUCCUAAUGGUGUGGUUGAUGAAAAUGUUGAAGGAGAUGUAUAAACCUUGCAGCUGUACUCGAAGAUGAUGGGGUCAGACUGGGACUGAUACUAGCGCGUGCGUCUGCCUUUCUACUGCAGGACCCUAGCAAGCGUCUGGUUUAUGUCACAGCGUUUCGAUGCAAUUUGGUUGAGCCUCUGCGCCAUAGAUCUCAUGGGAAUUGUGUGUUUCUGAAGCUUGCAGUCUAUCUGUAGGUUUAGUAGGCCCUGCUUAACUUGAUAGCUGUUUUUCCAUCUCAUCUGCGAAUAGUUUGUUAGACUAAUGUUGAUUCUGGGAGACUCGUAAUUGGUCUGGUCUAAUCUCUCCAUUUUGGAACUA